AUGGAUGCGAUUCGGAAGCGAUUAUUGGAGCACCAGUUGAAGGAAACUCUUUGCGUUGACGAACAGAUUAUACCAUUUACAGGGCGCAUGGGAAUGAAGCAGUAUAUACGUGGUAAACCUUGUCCAUGGGGAAUAAAACUCUAUGUGCUUUGUGGAAAAAGUGGAAUGCUGUAUGAUUUCAUUGCUUAUCAGGGCUCAUCCACUGAAAUUGAACCAAGCCUUAUCAAUAAACAUGGUUUUGGUGCUUCCAUCACAUUACAGCUGCUAAAACGAGUGCCCCAAGAUUCAACUGGUCACCAAGUUUACACAGAUAAUUUCUUCACCGCGUAUUCUCUACUUGAAAUUUUGGGGAAAAGGAAAAUUCUAGCAGCUGGCACAAUACAGAUGCUGUAA